AUGAAUCGUUUUUGGAUUUUGAUGUUCGUCGCGAUGAUGAUGACAAUCUUUUUGAGAGGUCAGACAAGUUCUUAGAGAAACAUUUCGACUAAUCAAAACCGUCACUUAAAUCAAAGAACACCAUAUUUCAGUGAUCGCGCACGGAGAGGACAAAAUAUUGGGUCUCGAAGAGUUUCUGACUGAACUCGAUCCAAAUACGAGUGAUAUUGUGAGUCGGCAGGAAGUGAAAUGGUGAUACUAAGUGGCAGAGAUCUUGUCAAGGUUGACAGAUUGAGGUGGUAACCACACAUACUGCUGGCGUCGGGAGAAUUAACAAAUUCCCGUUUUGGUCAGAAGACUAUCAGUGAAAGGGCGGAUGUAGGCUAACUAUAGGUUUUGUGUUAAUUAACAACCUACGAUUAAAAAUAUUUUGUAUCAUGUGAACCAAAGAAUGUGAAAUAUCAACUUCUAUUUGUACUAUCCUUCUGACUGGUCUUUACGUUGAUAGCACAUGUGUCUGUCACAUUGGACAAAUUCCGUAUUUUUUUCAGAUCCUGGAACUUCUGGAAGCUCAGCAAUUGCCUACCAACAAAGCAAAUCGAAUGAUGCGUCGGAUCAUGAGAAAGUUGCCACCUGAAACUCUGGAACAGCUUUUCCAAAUCUACAAAGACACUCGUAACCCAUGA